AUGAAGUGCCCGCUAUCAAGCAGUCCUACUGCGGCCGAGUUUCUUGAAGCCACAAAGAAACUUUACGUAAAGACAGAUGCUCUGAUACAACGCAAACUAGAACCUGGACAGCCACGCCUCUUCCGCUCGACUGACGACGAAGACGAAGCAUGUUACAACUUGCCAUCACCCUCACCUUCUGCCAUUUCCUAUCGCAUUCCUUCGAAAAGAUCUGCCUUUCGAGUUGUACGUUUGCCAUCGACUCAGAGUGCUCAGCUGCAACUUCGACGCCAAUCUUCAAGUCCACCUCCAUUACAACCACGAAGCACAUCACUCCACUAUCCAUCAAUAAAAGAGCCAUCUUAUAAACCUCAACCGAAGCCGAGGCUCAGCCUGAUGAGGUCGAUGCUGGAACUUUCUAUGGAAGAGCCCGAACGACCGCAGCCGAAGCCUCGACGAAAGACGCUGAAAAGUGUUUGUGAAACAGUGAAACACGCUGAAGCGCAUCCCAUCUCCAUCGAGACUGUUCGCAACUCCCCUCUCAAUUAUAGAAGAAAAAUUACCAAAUCCUCACCAAAUCUUUCCGCUCCAUCCGUAGCUGCCUUGAAGCGACGAGUCCAUUCGUUACGAGCUGCCACUCCGGUUCCACAAACGGAGGAACCGAAUGUGAUGUUUCCCGUAAUGGACGAAUCUGAACGUGAUUUUCUUCGAGCUGCUGUUCGACUAACCUAUUCGACCGAUGACGAGGACAGUGACUCAACCCCAUCACCGUCUUUUGGUCACGCAUCCUAUGCCUACAAUCCUGGCAUGGGCCGAUAUAUGGAGAAAUGUUCUCCUCGGUCGCCGACCACCGACAGCGGCAGACCAAACAGCGACGAUGAGGACAGGAGGACGCACCCCUGCUCGACAAAAUCCUUGGACGAUGGCUUCUUCGAUUCGAGUUUCCAGAAAAAAGAUGAAGAUACUACAUCGGAGGCGCUAACGUCUGUUUCCAAUUUACAGAAAGUCAACGACAACAUUCCAGAAGAAGAAACUCGUGACAGUCACAUCAGUAUUCUCGAGAAGAACGCUCGCGUAAUGAGGUGGAUUCGUGGAUGCGCAGUGGCACCAGUAACUCCCUAAUCGACUACUGGUCUCCCAUUUUCCAACGAAGAUUUCGUAGCACUCAAUGAUUUUGAAAACAGGAGAUAGUAUGUACAGAUUACCGCUGUAAAUAGAUUUGUCGGUGAUAUAUGUUCGAGGUUAUGCGCUAAGUUCUAAACCUUUUAUGUUUAAUUUCUGUUUGCUAGAUCUGUAGAAUGUGCUUGAUGAAUGAAGUGAUAAAUGAAUUCUGCAUGCUCGCAG